AUGCAGCAUUGGACAGUAGCCACUCCCUGGCUUGACCUCCACUGCUCCUUGGCGGAGGGACCAUUUUAUGAGAAAGGAACCGACUCUCUACGAUUUGUUGACAUCAAGAAGAAGCGUGUGCACACAGUGUCCCUCAGCAGGGGCUUGUCCUCAUUACACACCAUCCAACUUGAUAUUUGUCCGACGGUAACUGCUGAUAUCGAGGGAAUCGACCCGAGAGAACGCAUCCUCCUUGGCGUCAAAUAUGGCUUGGCAGGUCUUGACCGGGAGACGGGAGCAUACGAAAUGCUAGCACGGUUCAACGACCCGGACAACGAACGCUUGCGCAGCAACGACGGAGCAGCCGAUCCCCACGGAUUAUUUUGGGUUGGCAGCAUGACGGACUUUGGGCAGGGAGAGUUCCGGCCAGAAGGUGAGCUCGUUGACUGCCGCUCCCGUGGCUGCCAAAACCAGAACUGGCCGCUCAAAGACGGGAAAGAGGAAAUGGUCAAGGGUCUGACGAUCCCCAACUCAAUAGGCUGGUCUCCUGACAAUAAGACCAUGUACUACACUCAUUCCAAGGCUCGUCAAAUUUUUGUCCUCGACUACGACACCGUCUCGGGUGCAGUUUCCGACCACCGACUGUUCUACAAGCACCCCACAUCCGGAGAGCCGGAUGGGUUUCGCAUCGAUGUGGAUGGCAACUUGUGGACCGCUGUGUACGGCGAGAGCAAAGUGCUCAAGAUCAAUCCUGAGGGCAAAGUAAUAGGGCAGGUUACUCUGCCGACGCGCAACAUUACCUGUGUGCAGUUUGUCGGUACCGAACUGAUUAUUACAUCCGCGGCAGAUGAAGACGGUGAAGACAAGACCAGCCGCGACUAUGGCGGUGCAUUAUUUCGAGUGGACGUAGGGACAACCGGGCUGGAGCUGUUUAAGUUUAGGAUGUAA